AUGGCUUAUUCGAACCAAAAUAGCUUCAACAAAAGUAAAAGCCAUGCCAAUUCCACAUCCAUAUUCAGUCAAUCCCGCCGUAAAAUGUCAUUUCGGCGGAAGAAGUUACCGGUAGUUGAGAAGAAGCACCGGCAGAAAGUCUCUUCAGUGAAGAUUUUCCGGCGAGACGGAUUAAAGGGGGAGAAAUUGCAGUACUUGAGUAUGAAGAAAAUAAAAGAAUGUUACUGGUUAGCGGUAAAUGAUAUAUUGGAAGGACACCAAGCAACUGAUCCAUUCGAGGGACGAUUUACCUCUUUUGCUAUUCCGAUGAUGGGACUUUCCUUUCCAAGUUUUCCAAAUCAUCGUGGUAUUUGA